CCCCCGGCGACGCGUAAAGACCGCAGCCUGCGCGAGUUCCUGGAUAUGAUGGAGGAGUACGCGCCUAUUAUCCCCGACGCAGUAACCGACUACUACCUCUCGCUCGCCGGUCUCCAGACCUCGGACGUGCGCCUGAAGCGCCUUCUCGCGCUGGCCACGCAAAAGUUCAUAGCCGACAUCGCGGCAGACGCCUACCAGUACUCGCGGAUCCGGCAGAACUCUUCGAACGUCAACAACGCGCCGGGGGCCUCCGCGGCGGGGGCUGCGGGCGCGGCGGCAGCAAGCGCGGCCGGAGGCCCGCUGAGGCCCACGGCGAGGCCGGGCUUUGGAGGUGGUGGUGGCAGUGGUGGCACCGCAGGGAGGACGGUACUCACUAUGGAGGAUCUUGGAAGCGCAGUCGGCGAGUAUGGCGUUAAUACUAGACGGCCGGAAUUUUAUAGGUAG